AUGAAAAAGUGUUGCAAAUUUACAGAAAUGAAAAGGAAAAAAAUUGAUCAAAGCUUUUGGAAUAUUGUGAAAUUGGUGAGAUACCUCAUCUUCUCCCUAAUCAUCGACAAAGCCAUUGCAACAUCAUCAUUUGGCAUCACACUAAAUUGCUCGUAUCGCACGAGCAGCAUUCCAUGGCCAGUUCUCGGUGAGAUUUACGAAUGUUAUAUUGAACGCGACUUGUUUAUUACGCAUGCAAAAAUGCCAAUCAGUGACGCAGUCGGCGAACAUAAAAGCUGGAAAAAUGCUGAAAAAGUUGUCGGAUUUUAUGCGAGAUCUGCGGAAGUGCACUACUUUCCGAAUGGAUUAGAGAAAAUCUUUCCAAAUCUUCGUCUUAUUGCGAUUGCAAUGUCAAAUUUGAGAGAAGUUCGACAACAAAAUUUAAUUCCAUUUGAUCAGUUGCAGUACUUGUGCCUGUUUGACAAUGAAAUUGAGACAAUUGAAAAGCACUUGUUUGCUUAUAAUUUAAUGCUUGAGGCUAUUGACCUUCGUGAGAAUCGAAUUGUGAGGAUUAAUGUGAAUGUUUUUGACUAUUUGAUAAAUUUGAGGAUUUUGUACCUGUCGGAUUCAUUCAAUGGAUCGUGUGUGUCUGAAGAUGCAGCAGAUCGUGCUAGUGUUGUGCGGCUAAUUAAUGGUGUUAAAAAUGAGUGCAACGAUCGAGCUUUCUACAGACUUUCACAUAGUGAGAAGAGUGCUAUGAAAGGAGUUGUCUUGAAUGUGACACAAGCUGAAGAUACUGUUGAUCGUGAUGAAGCUGAUUCAAGUGGAUUUAGGGAUUUUGGAUCCGUUUGGUGUAUUUUUUUGGGAAUAAUUUGUGUUAAUUUUACUAUUUGA